UCAUUCCAAAGUGUUUGACCCCACCCCAUCCCCAUCCUCUGGCCUCCUCGACGAUACCCCAGCUUCUGCUACUGCUUCUCCUUCGACCUUGCAGAUCCGUUUGGAAAGGCCACUCGUUCUGGGCCAUACGCCCAACACGCUGAACAAGCGCGCCCCUUGACCGUUUCUUAAAGAUGGUGUUGGCCGAUCUAGGUAGACGCAUCAACGCUGCGCUAUCCGACCUCAACAAAACACCGCUCGUCGACAAUGCGGCCAUCGAUGCGCUUCUCAAGAGCGUCUGCUCCGCGCUGCUGGAGGCUGAUGUUAAUGUCAGGCUCGUCUCUCAAAUGAGGGACAGCGUCAAAGGGAGCGUGAAGGAGCAGUUGAACGAAUCUGGCAAAGCUGAGAGGCUCAGCGAGCCUCAAAGAAGAAAUGUGGUGCAAAAGGCCAUCUUCGAUCACCUGGUCGGUCUCGUCGACCCCGGCACAGAGCUAUGGGCGCCAAAGAAGGGCAAGCAGAACGUCAUCAUGUUUGUCGGUCUGCAAGGAAGCGGCAAGACGACAUCUGUGACGAAGCUAGGUUCCUACUACAGCAAGAGGGGCUUCAAGGUCGGGCUCGUGUGUGCUGACACGUUCCGCGCAGGGGCUUUUGAUCAGCUCAAGCAGAACGCUUCAAAGGCAGGCAUUCCCUUUUACGGUUCCUACACCGAGACCGAUCCCGUCACCAUUGCUGGGGCAGGUGUAGACUCCUUCAAGCAAGGCAAAUUUGAUGUCAUUAUCGUCGAUACCAGCGGCAGGCAUCGGCAAGAGACGGAAUUGUUCAACGAAAUGGUUGAAAUUGGUCAACGCGUCAAGCCGGAUCAGACCAUCAUGGUCGUAGAUGCAAGCAUAGGUCAAGCUGCCGAAACUCAGGCCAAAGCUUUCAAGGAAGCUGCAGACUUUGGUGGGAUAUUUGUGACCAAGCUCGACGGUCAUGCCAAAGGCGGAGGUGCCAUCUCUGCUGUCGCUGCGACUAAGACGCCUAUUCUGUUCAUAGGUCUUGGUGAACACGUUGGUGAUCUUGAGGUCUUCAGACCACAGCCUUUCAUUUCGAAGAUGCUCGGCAUGGGUGACAUGACUGGCCUUAUGGAAAAAGUACAGGAAGUGCAGAUGGCCAAUCCAGACAGACAAAAGGAGAUGCUAAAGAAGAUUGAAGAGGGAGGCACCUUUUCCAUUCGAGACUGGCGCGAGCAGAUUGGCAACAUCAUGAAGAUGGGGCCGCUGUCCAAGAUUGCGGGCAUGAUCCCUGGCCUCGGACAAAUGAUGUCUGGUGCAGGCGGAGAUGAAGAAGCUGGGUCCAAGAUGAAGCGCAUGAUGUUCCUGACGGAUUCCAUGACAGCUCAAGAAUUGGAUUCGGAUGGUAGCAUCUUCUAUUCUCCUGUUCGACCCAAGAAACCCCCAGGUGCAGAGAAGGCUCUUGAAAAGCCCGGAGAGAGCAGUGCGAAUGCAGACGGCAAGAAGAAGAGCAAGGAAAAGGUUCCUGUGCGCAUGAACGCCAGAGCUAGGAGAGUCGCGAAGGGGAGCGGCACGAGCGUUAGAGAGGUCGAAGAGUUCCUAAUGCAGUACCGCAUGGUCCGCAACCUCGUCAAACAGAUGGGCGGCAAGCAAGGCUGGCUUAAGCAGAUGCAGGGUGGUGGAAGAGGCAGGGGAGGCGCCCCGCCUCAGCUCCCACCCGGAAUGUCGAGAGAUAAGAUCAUGGAGAUGCAGAACAUGCUCCCUCCGGACGUCAAAGCUCAAUUGCGCCAACCAGGCGGUCGAGAGCGUCUUCUCCAGCAACUCUCGUCUGGACAGAUACCGCCUGGAAUGGAGAACCUCCCGGGUAUGGGCGGAGCAGGUGGUGGGCUUGGAGCAUUAGGAGGAAUGGGUGGCUUGGGUGGCAUGAUGCAGCAAAUGAUGGGUGGCGGCGGCGGUGGUCCGGGUGGCGCAGGUGGUAUGGCUGGUAUGCAGCAAAUGAUGCAGCAGAUGAUGGGUGGGAUGGGCGGUGCUGGAAGAGGCGCACCCCCAAGGCGGUGAUGAUGAUGAUCUCGAAUCGGAGCUCAGACUGCACUGCAUGCAUCCUCUCAAUCGUGCCUCUCAUUGACUAUUGUUUGCCUGCGCUGGGCGAGGCCCACCAAGGGGGCCUGUGCUGCGCCUGACUCACGUUGAGCGAGACUACGCUCUCCAUGGAACAUUCAGCGUGACGCAACAAUUGCAGCCAACCCUGCAACAAGCUGC